UUGGCGCAGCCUGGUCUUGAACCUGGAGAUAGAGAUGCUCCAACUCCUGAUCAUACUAUUUCUGUAAGACAGUCAACACUAAACACGACACGGGGAGAAGAUACCACUGGAACAACACACAACAAUUAAAAUUUUUACGAAAUCUAUGCAAGUCACAGAAAACUAGAAUUUACUUACUAGAUAUUAUAUUUACAAUUAAUAUUACGACAUUUACAAUUUAUCACUAAAAUCAUAAUAUUCAUAAUCAAUCUCAUAAAUAACGAGAAAGAAUAACUAAAUGUUAAAGAAAGUUAGCGCAGCUAGUAAACUUAGAACCAGAUUAGGCUUGAGAAGUGGAGGUAGUCUAAUAGACAUAAGAGAACUUGAGGAGGAAGAACAGCAUAACCAAAUAGAACAAGAAGCACCACCCUCUAAUACCAACAUGAAUAAUUUAGACUCUGGAAACGCAUCGGGCUCCCUCAGCCCCACAGUUAGCAACUCGAUGACUAUUGUCAGCACAAAUUUAAGUCCGAAAGAUAUAUUGGGUUUUGUACAACACUUGCCAACUUACGAGGGUCCCUCCGACAAUCUAGAAACUUUUAUUGACAGUGUUGAGGAAUUACUUAUGCUCAUUCGGUCCGUAGAUCAGACCCCGUACGGCCAAAUGAUUCUCAGGGCAAUUCGUAAUAGAGUAAAAGGCAAGGCACAUGAAGCAUUGGACCUUUGCGGUACACCGCUUAUAUGGGAUGAAAUCAAAGCAAAUCUUAAACGACUCUACACUAGCAAGAAGACGGAGGCUAUAUUGAUUCGCGAAAUUCAAACUUUACCAAGCGGACUUUCCAUAAAUAAACUCUUUUUCGCAAUAGCAAAGUUGAGAAGUCAACUGGUGUCAUUGACCAAUGAUUCAGAUCGCGAUGCCCAAAACUUAGCUGCAAAACACGCCCUAUACUCCGACAUUUGCCUCAAUGCAUUUGUUGUGGGAUUAAACGGCCCACUUAAAACAAUUAUCAGGUCCCGAAAUCCAGAAUCUAUAGAAAAAGCCUACGAAAUCGCACAAAUAGAACAGAACUUUUAUUACCAGAACUCUGAUGGGCAACAAAAUAAUCGCCGUCGCGAAAAUUCAAAUGAUCAACAAAAUUACCGCAAUCGCGAAAAUUCGGUUGAUCGGAACCGCCCGUAUCAACGUCACCAGCAAAAUCAGAGACAAUCGGGUAGCAACAGCACUAGGAGAAACGACACUCGUCAACAGCCUCAAAAUCGACAGGAGAAUCAUUCUUCCAGAACUCAGAACCCUUUCCGAAACAAUUCGGGAUCAAAUUCUUCCUCCCAACAAAACAACAAUACUCCUUCUGCCUCAUGCAACAUCAAUGAUGGCGCAAAUUUUUUACAAGAAGCCUCGGACAACCAGUCGGCUUCUUAAACAAAAAAUCCCAUGGGAAAUCUUUACCUUACGUUAUUUUAUCCUCAAAAUCCAUUUCAACAAACCCACAUAAAUUUCUUAUAGACACCGGGUCCACGUACUCUUUUAUAAAACCAACAUUGAUUACAAAAGACCAUAUUCAGAAAUUAAACAGUCAUAUCAACAUCCAAACCGUUCUCAACAAGUUCCAAAUCCAAGAAUAUACAGACUCAAUUAUUUUCGAGCAAUUUGACACAACGAAGAAAACAAAAUUCUUUUUGUUUGACUUCCACC